AUGCUCACAGUGCCCAAAGCAGCACCGAGGAGGUCGGGCAGCUUUUCGGCGGGAGACGUGACUUUAGUCACUUGGUUAACAUCUGAUCGAUUGGGGAGGCUGGUCAGUCUGGCAGAGAAGAGGCGAGCUCCGAUGUCGGUCGCUUACUAUGUACCCCCAAACGACAAACUUGCAUCCCGAGACCUGAUCCUCCUAGACAAACUCUACCACACCCAUCCCGCAUUAUCCCAAAAUGUAGACAUCCACUUGGUCACAUCCCCUCACUUGCUUCAACUCAACACAUGGAGAACCGUUGCUCGCACCUUUGCCAGUACGGAUUGGAUAUUACUAUGGGAUGCGGACUUUGAGGCUCGCACGGAUUAUCAGAAAGGAUUGGAGCGGUUCUUAGUGGAAACCAGGUCCAGAGGGUGGGCGAACAAGUUGGAACAGGGAACGGCGGCUCUGGUUAUUGCUCCCUUUCAGUGGACGGACCCUGUGGUUGAGCGAACGAGAGAUUUGUGUCCCGUGGAUAGAGAUGAACUUAUCACCAUGUACCGCAACCUAUCGAUGGAUGCUUUUGAGACGAAUACUCCCAUCCUAUCCCAUGCAACAGAAUACGACCGCUGGAUUGGUGUAGGCGAAACGGACUUUUACGAAGUGACAGAAUAUGAGUUGGGAUACGAAGCAUACCCUUUGAUCAGAAAAGACGCAGAAGUGUGGUUUGAUCAGCGCUUUGCCGGUUAUGGCUAUGAGAGAAGUGCUCUAACGGCUCAGAUGUAUCUCUCGGGGAUGGAUCUGUACAUCCUGCCAGGGGAGUAUGGCGUUCAUCAAGAACAUUCCGCGGCUGCUGUUAUCAAUACGCAUGAUGAUAUUGCAGCUGCAAAAGUGCCGUGGAUGACGUUCAAGAUGGACCUCUGUCACACACUUGGUGAAGUUCUCGCUGAGCGACGGGUAUUGCACCUACCUCUUGGAGAACGGCUUGUCUCAACGUGCAAGGCUAUGUCGAUACCACCAAUCGAUCGAGACAUCUCGGGUCAGCUGGAAUACUCACGUAGGGCUUUGUAUUAA